ACGACGUUCUUUAUGGUAGCGACAAAUUUGUGUAAGGUACGGUGUGCAGCGUCACGUGUAUUCUUCAGCAUCAAAUAUUAUUUAUUAAUUACUUGCGCUAUUGUGUCGUCGCUAAGCUAAAAAAAGGACACGGUGUUUGUUAAAUUAGCGUUAGAAUUUUAUAGACACUUUUUUGACUGAUUAUUACAUUUAAUUGUGAGAGAUCACGGAUCUCUAUGUUGCCGGCUUCGAUUUUACAGAUCAUUUGAUACACGACGAUGCAUAACUGGAGUUGAAAUCAACUUUACAUAAAUUAACUGUACAUAUAUUAAUAAUAUAAUAUCGAAAUAUUACAAUGACUAAUCCGCGACCAGUAUCUUGCGGCUUGGAUUUUUGCUCUGCAGCAAAUCUGAAUAGUUGCUUGGCGUACGCGAAUGAUUCGAGGUAUGAUUUCGUGUGCGUCCCCUUGGUUCAUCCCUUGUACAAAAGGGAAUUCAUCUCUGGUCCUGCUAAAAAUCGUCGGGGGCCCUUUACUAGACCCGACUUAAUUUUAAAUAGUUCAGAAUGGAGUAAUUUAAUAAUUGGCAAGGUUUCGCCAUUCAUCAAUGUAGACUCGACUGAUCCAGUUGUUAGAAAAAAUAGCGAGAAGACACUGACCCAAGAAUUGAGCUUGGCCAGUCACUUCGGUUUGUCAGCGGUGACCUUAAAAUUGAGAAAUGCGGCAAACGAAAAUAUAAAUCUUGCAAGAAUUAUUUACGAUAAAGUAUCCAACAACAACUGCGUCUUUCAGGUUUGGGUGCAAGUGCCCAUGGAAAACCCGAUUAGGCAGAGCUACUCUUUCAGAGCCUCGGAAGAGUCUCCAAGAGUGGACGAGAAUCCGUGGGAAUGGUGGAAUACAUUUCGGGCGGUAUGCGAUUUCAACAAGAAGAUCGGAAUCGCGUUGAUCGUUAGUCACGACCUGCCCGACUUGGAGGAGAUCGAUAGAUGGCUUGGGGAACCAGUGAGAUGCCUGGUAUUGCCGACCACGUUGUUUCUGACCAAUAAAAAGGGAUAUCCAGUAUUAAGUAAAGCGCAUCAGGCGAUAGUGAAAAAAUUCGCUGCGUUAGAGAUACAAUUUAUCCUGACGGGUGCCACGCGUUACCAAAGUAUUAGUUACUAUCACAAUUACCUCGACUUCUUGUGGAAGAGCUGCCAGACGAACGGGACGGUGGAGAAAUUCGCCCGUGGCUACGAAGACUACCUGCAGUGCCCGCUGCAACCUCUGAGCGACAAUCUUGAGUCGCAGACCUACGAGAUAUUCGAGAAGGAUCCCGUCAAGUAUCGGGAGUACCAAAACGCCAUUUACGAGGCCAUCAAGACGACCGUCUCCAAACUCGAGGAAGAGAGGAAAAUAAUCAUCAUGGUAGUUGGCGCCGGAAGAGGACCGCUCGUGACCGCGUCGCUGAAUGCUGCGAAACGUCUCCAGCAGGAAAUCAAGAUCUACGCGGUGGAGAAGAACCCGAAUGCCGUGAUAACCCUGGAGGCGAUUCAGAGAGACGUUUGGAAGGACUUAGUCACGGUGGUAUCGUGCGACAUGAGGGAUUGGAAUCCCCCAGAGAAGGCCGACAUCAUCGUUUCCGAAUUGCUCGGGUCUUUCGGCGACAACGAGUUGUCCCCGGAGUGCUUAGAUAACGUUGUCAAGUUCUUAAAAGACGACGGAAUCAACAUACCACAAUCGUACACUUCGUACAUCGCUCCCGUGCAGUCGUCCAAGUUGUACAACGAAGUGAAGCAGCUCAAAGACAGGGACAAGCAUCCGCUGGCUCAUUUCGAGGCGCUGUACGUGGUGCAUCUACAAAAUAAGUACGACAUAGCGAAACCGAGACCGGUGUUCACGUUCACGCAUCCGAACGCGGACCCUGUCGCCGAUAACUCGAGAUACGAGACCAUAACGUUUCCAGUGGAGCAGAACUGCUCGUUGCACGGCUUCUCGGGAUACUUCACAGCGAUCCUGUACAAGAACAUCGCGCUGAGCAUAGAACCGAGCACGUACAGUACGGACAUGUUCAGCUGGUUCCCGCUCUUCUUCCCGCUCAAGGAGCCGAUACAGUUGAAGGCCGGGGACGAACUGGCGGUUCACUUCUGGCGUAGGUGCGACUCGAAGAAGGUGUGGUACGAGUGGUGCCUGAGCAAACCCAUCCCGGUGCCGAUCCACAAUUUGACCGGCCGCUCUUACACGAUCGGACUGUAACGUAACAAUUCUGUGAUUUUCUUUCAUUCGAAGAUAACUCAUUGCGCCACAAUUGACUCUCGAUUAUAGAUGAAUUUUUCUAGAAUUUUAUAAUGUCUGAACGUCCAUCACACGUUGUCCAAUGUACAUUUAGCACAAUUAUGGUAAUUAUUGACACCGUAAAGUGGUAACGAAAGGAGAAACACAGAUAUAGAAGAUAUUUAUGUAACCGAAGGAGAUGCAACACGUGAAUAUUUUCUUCUUAAUACAGACGUGCUUUUUUAUGAAUUAUGACAUACGCGAACCAUGUACGACACUGAUCUCUCUGGUCACCGAUUUCGUAAUUUCGAUAACGCGCGCGUUACAAGACGCUCUCGAUGCUUUCGAGCUGUCGUGUUAUCUCCCCGAACUCGCGUGACUGUCCGCUCUUAUGUAAAUUCCUACAUGUUCCAGAUGUGACAAAUGUUCAUACAGCAAUAACUACGAAAAAAAGGAUUCCGCAAAAAAGUUGUAUAUUUUACAUCCACUCAAUUAGCAUUAAUUUCUACAUUAAUCGCAGAAUAUAACGAGCAAUUUUUAUUUUUA